UCACACUCCGCAAGAAAGGGCUCGUCGACUUACGUGUCAGGCUGUUGUACAGGUGGACCAUCAUCAGCUUUCGUGUCUUUAAGAGGUGGCUGGAACUUACCUGAGGUACAGGACACGUAUAUUCGAUACGAGACCGCUGGUGAUCGUGUGGUCGGUCGCUUUGUAUCUGGUUUGCCGUAUGAAACGCCAGAGUUCUCUAUUCUACCCCCGUUCAUC